GCCUGUGAGGUCACAGCAGGGGUGCCUAGGGAACCUGGGCCGGGGGAGGCGGGGCAGAAGCGCCGGGCUCCUCCUCCUCCUCGGCAUCUCCUGCUUCAUCAGCCUUACCUGCCGGCCAGGUGUCGUGGGCGCCUAGCUGCCGUAGCUAGCGAGCAAGCAUGGCGGAGUCGCAGCUGCUCUGCCUGGAGGAGGCGUCGUUCUGCGGGGAGCGGGUCAGCGAGCACCACCCGCGCUUCUACUACGACGAGGCGCAGCGGCGGGCGCUGGAGGUGCUGGCCUCCCGCGGGGAGAAGGCUUACCGGGAGCAGCUCAGGCGGGAGCAGCUCCGAGACUUCCUCUCCAGCCGGGAGCUGCAGGCGCUGCGGAGCGGGUGGAGCGCCUACGCCAGGCAGCCCGGCGGCGAAGGGGGGAAAACGGGGGCAGCGGCGCCGCUGGGCCCCUCCGGGAAGCCCCUCUCCCUGGUUUACUGGCCCGAGUGCUCCGACACCGAGAUCCCGCCACUGGACCUGGGCUGGACCCACAACGCCUUCUACCGCGGGGUGCCCCGCCUGGCCCUCCACACGCAGCCCCGCAAGGAGGAUAAGGCGCCCCACGUCAAGCAGCUGGUCCGGGAGAGCCUCCAGCAGGCCCACAAGAUCAUUGCAAUAGUCAUGGACCAUUUUACUGACAGAGACAUCUUUCGGGAUGUUGUAGAUGCAGCAUAUAAACGGCGGGUCCCAGUCUAUAUCAUCUUGGAUGAAGAAGGUUCUAAGUUCUUCUUGGAGAUGUGCAAGUGCAUGGAACUGAGUGAUUACCAUAUCCGGAAUAUCCGUGUGCGUUCGGUGACUGGAGUUGGAUUCUAUAUGCCAUCCGGGAAGAUCAAAGGCAAUUUGUGCUCCCGUUUCCUGAUGGUGGAUGGUGAUAAGGUCCUCACUGGAUCCUAUAGUUUCACAUGGACCUCAUCUCAUAUAGACAGAAACAUUCUGUUGUACUUGACUGGGCAGCAUGUGGAGAUGUUUGAUCUUGAAUUUCGUGAGCUCUAUGCCAUUUCAGAGGAAAUCAAUCUCUACAAAGAGCUGAAUAUCCCAUGUCCUUACCGAUCAGGAAUUGAGAAAAUGGGGUUUUCCUCUUCUACUGUGGCCCGGAAAGCCAUCAACCCAAAAUACGGACUGGUGGUGGGAGUUCCUCCAGGGGAAAUGUUGCGCUGGGCCUCCCGCCAACGGCAAGAGACACAAGAGAAAUUAGAAGGAAGAGGAGAAGAAAAUGAAUCAGAUAAACGACUGCAUUCUUUUCUGAAUGACCUUAUAACUGUGGAGCAAAUUCUGCCAGAGAUUGAGCCUCCACUUGAGGACCUGAACAGAGGAAACCGAAGUCCUCAGAAGUUAUUUGCCAUGUUCCAACUGGACCCAAAAAAUAAAUCCAAAUCCAGGGAGUCCAUAUUGGAAUCCCCAAAGAAUGAUAUUGCCAAUGGGGAAGCUGGUUCCAAACAGAACAAAAAAUUUGGAAGCGGACUUUUCAGAAGGUCCAAGCGACCAUCACCAUUAAAUGCUGAUGCCAAUUCCUUUACCAGCGAGACCACUGAAGAGUUUGUGGUUGUGAAGGUGCCAAAGGACAACCAGAGCAACUUUCGUCCUAUUAGUGCCCAUAGCAAUGUGGGCAAUUCAGGUAAAAUGAGUGCAAACUCCGGUCCAGAAGAAAAAGCCAAACGCUCAGCCUGUGUGGUGUCAUGACGUAGGAGAAACCGCAACAGGAAAACAUAGACUCCUAAAGGGAAGCUGCUAGGGAAAGCUGCUGGGCUUUUUCAAAUUUACAGUCUGAUUUCCUCACAAUGGUCUGUACAACGCUUGCAGUCUCCAAGACAGAGCUGGUACCUUUACAUUCAGGAUAAAACACAUGACCUG